AACUGGACAUAACAUAACACAUAACCUUAUCAAGUUUGGUCGUUUCGUUUCGGUGCUGGUUGGUUGGUCUUGGUCUGAUUAGCUGUCUCUAGCCUAGCAUCCGUUUUUAUUAUUAAUUUAUUAAUUAUCAUUACCAACAAGUAGACUAGAUUAAGUAGUCACCAUAUAAUAGAAAUUGAACCUCCAUUUUCAUCGACUAAAAUGGAGAAAAAACAAAAUUACAAAAGAAAGAACUAUUAUCAUAAGCCGGGUGGUGGUGGUACUGGUGGCGGAUCAAACAACUGGAACAACAAAAGAAAAUUCAAAAACUAUUUACAGCCAGGUAUAAAAGGAUUCAUGUGCACAUGCAAUGCAAAAUUUCGUGAAAAAGAGUGUGUGAAGGAAUCUAUAAACAUUCUCAACGAGUAUGCUGACAAGAUCUUUGGUGCCGAUGAUAUUCAGCGGCCAUCAUCAACCAACGAGGAUACAGAGGGUGGAGCAGGUGGCGAUGUUGCAAGUGGUGGAGAUAUUGAAGAUGAUCUUAAGAAAGAGAUAUCCAACUUGAGAGCAAGUCAAUGGACACCUGGGAGAUUCACAGUGGUCGACACUGGUGUGCAAGCCAUCAUCUUCAUCAAAACUACGCUUGAAGAUCCAGUGAAGCUUGCUCAUACAAUUCUUAGUGAGGCUGCAGCAACCAAAACACAGAAGGGAAGGUUUCUUCUGAGAUUGGUGCCAGUGGAGGUUGUGUGUCGAGCAAAUAUGGAAGAUAUGAAGACAGCAGCAGAUUCUCUAUUUGAUAAACAUUUCAAAUGUGACCCAACAACAUUUGCAAUAGUUGUAAACAAGCGCUAUAACGACUCGCUGUUAAGAGACGAAGUAAUCCAGGCACUAGCACUACUGGUGACUGAUAAGAACAGGGAACACAAGGCCAACUUGAAAGAACCUAACCGCACGGUUCUGGUGGAGAUAUUCAAGGGAAUGUGCUUGAUGUCUGUGCUGGAAGACUACAAGACUCUGCGUCAUUACAAUAUUGCUGAACUGACAAAACCCGACGAAGGUGAAACAGAGAAGGAAAGCCAGGUAGAAGCGGAAAAGCAAGAAGAGAAUGUAGAAGAAAACAAGGAAGAGGAUAUGGGCGAGGAUCAUGGUGAAGCUGAGGACAAGGGAGGUGAAAAUGAUGAUUCCAGCACCAAAGAAAACGAUUUAGCCAAAGAGGAAAAGGUUGUUAACUCCUGUGAUACUACAGAUGAGACUGCUUAGAACUGAAUAUGAUGAUCGCUUAGAUGAUCGUGGAAAAAGAGAACAGUGUUGGUGAAAAGGAAUUGUGUAUUUCCUUUCCUUACUUUUGUUAUACUUUAAUGUUGAGGUAAUCUUUUUUACUUAAUAUGGUUAAGUCAUAUGUUUUCUCAUGUUAUCAAUUUGUUUUGUUCCUUUUAUUUUUAGCCCAAGAAGAAUUUGGGAAAUUUUACUUUUUGUUAUUAGUAAUUUUAUGCAGGUUGACUUCACACAUUUCAUAACUAUUGAGCUUCAGAUGGUGGUUAUUUCCUUCAAAUGUAAAUUGAUAAUUUCAGUUUGUUAUUUCAAAAUAAAUAUUUUUAUGAAAAGAAAAUCCUUUGACGAUAAA